CAUCGUUAAAGCGCUAUAAGAGCAGGCUGUAAAAUUCAACGCGCAGCUGUGAUGCAGAGGCAGCGAGAGUACCAAAAUAACGCACACGCAGUUGAUUUCCAAAAAUAAAUUGAAGAGCUAGUCGAUUCUCGUCGUUCUGUUACUCAAGACACUCGUCUCGAUUGCAAAAGAUGUCAGAAAAUAUUGAAACCGUUUGUAACGCCGGGGGAGAUUCGGUGGUGCAGAUUGCUAGUGAAGCUCCAUCUUCUUUGCCGGUACAAAAUACCGGCGAUGCAAUUAUUGUUCCCGUAGUUGAUUCCCCGACGCAAUCCGAAGAAGAUGCUAAGCCCCGUGCAGUUCCUACACUCGUCGAAGAUCAAUCGCCCAAAGAGAGCCUUUCGCUCCAGGAGGGAAAUAAUCCUCCUCAAAAAGACCUGGUAACAUCAGAAACGAACGGAAAUGAAUCGAACACUGCAGCAGAGGUUUCAAAACUGGAAUCAGAAAUUCAAAAACGAACACACGAGCGUGAUAAUUAUCAACGAAAACUUGGUGAAACUGAAAGAAAAUUGGCAGCACUUCAGGCGUCCUAUACAGCGGUUACCAGCGGUAAUGGGGAUGAAAUCACCCUGCGAAGAGAAAAAGAAGACCUUAAAAACAUGCUCACGCAAACACAACUGAUGCUUGACGAUCGCGGUCGUCUGGUCGCCAAUCAACAAACGCAAAUAAACGCCUUGUCGAAGCAGGUGUCUUCGUUGAAGGAAGUCGUUGCCAUCACCAAGGACUUGCUCAACAUCCGCAACAUGGAAGUAAAGCAUUUGCAGAAUGACGUAGACUCGAUGGAAUCUAAGAUCACAGCUGAACGAGACAGGCACAAUACUAUGCUGAGCAAAAUGGAUGCGGCGGUCCGACUAAACGCAGAUUUGAAAAAAGAAUACGAAACGCAACUUCAUCUCUUCCAAGAUCUUCGCGGCAAAUACGAGCAAAAGGUAACAUUGCUUUCCGAAGAGAAUCGCGCUCUAGAGGCUGCAAGUCAAUCGGCUGUAGUUUAAUCGAU